AUGGCAUCAAUUUUAAACAAGUUUGUUGGUAACCGUGUUGUAUUUAGCAACAAGUUUGUACUUGGGUUAUGUGAAAAGUUCCCAAAGCUCGCCUUUCUCAAUGAUGUUACCAAUCUUGCACCAAUUAUGAAAUGGUCAUUAUCAAUUGUACCACUUUCACAAAUGAUUUCUGGAAACAAACCAGCUGAUAAGAUUGAUCUUCAACAAACUGCUAGUUUAUUCUCUACUGGCACUAUUUGGACCUACUAUGCCACUUUAAUUCAACCGCAAAAUGCUGGUACUCGUGCUUUGGCUGCUUGCAAUGCUGCCAUGGCCAUUUGUCAUGGUUCCAAUUUAUAUAGAAGAUAUCAAUUUGAUAAAGAAAAGGAAAACCAACAACAACCAUCAUCCUAA